AUGCAGCUCAAGCCUUACGCCGACAUAGCACUCAUCAACGCUAUGUUAUCAAGCGCUACAGCAGAAGACGAUUUUGACAAAGCACAGGCCACCGUAUCAGCAAUUCUCCACUACUACUUCCUCAUCGCAGACGGCUUCCUUGUCACAUUUCACAGUGGGACCCCACAGAAACUACCUCACUACUUCCUCAUCCGACGAAUGGAUAAGAACGAAGAAGAGAUAAGGUUAUGGGCUGUGCUCUUCAUGCCCAAAGAGGGUGAAAGCACAGACUGGGUCGACCAACUUUAUCAAAUGCUGCAAACCGGAAUUCCAGGGAUUCCAGAGAGAAGAUUUCGUUUCGAGAAGAGCAAUCUGAACAGACAUGAACACUCUUACUAUCUGGGUCACAAGCGCAGAGAGUCACUCGAGCUCAAGUCAAUCUAA